CUCACACAACACGCCCUCUCCUGCCACAAAUGCCUGGCUGGGUAUUGUUGUACUGAUAAGAAUAUGAGCUUCUCUAAGUGCCCUGGUCACUUAUACCUCAGGUAAAGGCAGACUGCACCGAAAGUGCCCCCAGCCUCCACCAGACGGGUCCCUCAAAUUCUCUCGCAGGUCGAGUUUUUUUUUUCCCCUCAUGCGUUUUGGACAUUGGUAAAUCGGAGAAAGAAGACUGAAGAUCCCUGCCAAGAGCCCAACAAGAGCCUGAUCUCACAGUGAACUCUAUCAAGUACCAAGGAUCCCCCACCACACGCCACCCCAGACUUGGACAGAAGGGUGGCAUGUCUCAUCAUCUCCAUCAGAAACACCACCAACAGCAGUGAGAGAGAUUUGGGUCAGUCUUCACCUUGUCCAACCAAACAAGCGGACCAUCAAUACCCCAGCAAUCCACAUCCAGGAAUUUGAACUUCUAAUCAGCAGAGAAGACGAUGGGAAGUCCAGCUCAUGACCUGGCCAGCAGUCUGCACUUGCCCUAUGACUUCACAGGGUUCGGCCCUUGCCCAACUGACUCGUGGGCCACCAUGGAGGACAUGAAGCCUCCGCGCGGCCUUCCCAGCAUACCCGAACGUAGCCUGCCGGGGGUCUACCUGUCCCGUCUCGACAUGUACCUCACCGAGGACACGGCCUGGCUCCUGAAGCGAGCCGAGGUGGCCAGCCCCCUAGUACCAUGCGUCCGCGACCACAAUCGCCACAACGAUCACGACCUGGAUGACGAGGCCACCCACAGCAAGGAACCGGAGCAGUGCCCGGUGAUCGACAGCCAGGGAGGCCUGGGGGGCCUCUCGCCCGAGCUGGAGGGACAGGUGGAGGAGCGUUGCCUGGAGCAAGUGCAGAGUCUGGUGGUGGGAGAGGUGCUGAAGGAUAUCGAGAUGGCCUGCAAGCUGCUCAACAUCACUCCAGACCCGACGGAGUGGAGCUCGGGGAACGUGCAGAAGUGGCUGCUGUGGACCGAGCACCUGUACCGCCUGCCCCAGGUGGGCAAGGCCUUCCAGGAACUCACGGGCAAGGACCUGUGCGUGAUGAGCGAGGACGACUUCAAGCACCGAUCAUCGCAGUGCGGCGAUGUGCUGCACGCCCACCUGGAUAUUUGGAAGUCAGCUGCUUGGAUGAAGGAACGUUCCCCGGGUGAAAACCGAAUUGGAACAGAAGAGCUGUGCUCGGAGGCCGACUCCUGCUGCUCCGGACAGCCCAUUCACCUCUGGCAGUUCCUCAGGGAGCUGCUGCUCAAGCCACACAACUACGGACGCUGCAUUCGCUGGCUCAACAAAGAGAAGGGUAUCUUCAAGAUAGAGGAUUCGGCGCAUGUGGCCAAACUCUGGGGCAUUAGGAAGAACCGUCCAGCAAUGAACUAUGACAAGCUGAGCCGCUCCAUUCGACAGUACUAUAAAAAGGGAAUUAUCAGGAAGCCUGAUGUGUCACAAAGACUGGUCUAUCAGUUUGUUCAACCAGUAUGAUGGACAGAUGAAACCAUAACUACUCAGUGCCAAUGUCUAACAGUGAACUGUGUUGAAAGAGCUACUUAUGAAAUGAUGUUGAAUGAUUACAUUUCGUGAGUUACCACUAGUCUGUUGUUCCAUGUUCAGCAUAAGAGACAAUGGUGUCCCAAAGAUCAUGGUUAGGCCUACAAUCUUUUGUCCGGGUACUACGGCGACUGCCUCUGAAAGUAGCAGUAUUUCAGGCCUGUCCAUUUGCAUAUCCUGCCUUCACAUUUAUUAUAUUUUAUUUCUAGGAUUUAAGUAGCAUUUCUCUCCAACUAGCAUUUCAAUGUUUUGUUUAUAUAAAAAAAAGGUUCUUUAUAGUUCUUGUAUGACUUGUAGGUGUUAACCUGUGUUUUGACUAUUAAACUGUCUGUGUCCUGUGUAUGAAAGUGAAAAGAACAUUUUGACGCGGGCUUACGCCAUAUGAUCACCUUCAGUCUUUUUUCUCUGGGUUUAUUUAUUUUACGGGUGGUUUAUGUCUUUAUGGUCUGGUUGAACAGCAAACACUGGCUUACGCCUAUUCAGCUUCUAUGAGAGUCUGAAUUUAUGUUAUGGAAAAAGAAGCAUAUGUGCAAACAGUCCCAGGUUCGCUUUUAUUGUGUGCAAUGAAUGAUUAAAAUGUCUUGGCACGUAUUUAACUCUUCCUCUACUCCCUCCCUUCAUCCCUCACUCCCUUCCUGCGUCUUUCUCGCUCAGUGUGUGUGCUUGUGUGCAUCUCUGUGUGUGUGUGUUUGCCCUUUCAGUCAGUUUUGGCAUGGAUAGUUAUUGUUUGAUUCUAUCAUACAUGAAGCCUGCCUUCAGGAGGGCGUUUCCUCAGUUUAAAUGUCAAGUUUACCUGAGGAUAUGCAAAAAUACUGAGCCAAGAGAGAAGAAUAGUAUCUCUGUUGUUCCCUCUGGAUGAUUCCAGUGAAUACUUACGUCAAUAACACUUGAACCUGAUAUGCGGAUUUCAGCCACGCACAACACAAUGUUUGACUAGUCUUUUCCAUGUUAUUGGUUGAUCACUAUAUCACAUUGCAACUCAAUGCACUCACAUUGCAGACUUAGAAUAUGAAAUCUAAACGAGCAAUAGUCAGCCAGUGUCAUAUUGGAACUGUUAUUAAUAGGCCUAUUGUUGAUUUUUUUUUUAUCAGUUUCAAACUUUCCAGUGCCCUCUGUUAUUUUCUUUCCUGAUGCUCAGCAUUUCCUGCAUCACAGCUGUUCUCUCACUGUAUAGAUACUGUAAUAAAAUCCCUUUUCCUG